UUUUAUGAAACUAGCUUAUUGAAAAUUUAGUUAGCUUUGCAGGUGCAGAAAUCGGCGCGCUGCCGCUCAACAAGUGUUCUUCUCGCCGAAACGAGCUUUCUGCCUUAAAAAGCUCGAUUUUAACCGGCCCGGCAAACUAAGCGAUUAAAAAUAUGUUUAGUCGCACGCCAAACACGCAAAUGGAAUAAGCCUUGGCAAGAGAAAACAUUUGAAAUUACUGUCCAGAAUAGAACGCGAAACAAACAAUUUAAAACUGCCAUAAAUAAAUAGAUACAUCCCUACAUUCGUUUUGUGUGGUCACUUAGUUAUUGUUCUUAAGAGUUUCGGUGCAAUCCGGUGCUCAUCGAGGUGCCCAUCGUUUAUUUUUGUGGCUGCCAUAUGGCGCCCAAGGAGUCACAAGCCGCCAAUGUCAAUAGUGAAGAAAAGGAAAAUCUGAAACGCACAUGCCAAAAGUUUUGCGCCAAAACUAAAAUUCCAGGUAACCGUGCCAUCGAGGCUGAUGUUGCCAGCGUCGCCGGCGUUGUCGCUCUAACUGCGAACUGCUGAUCUGCUGAACCGCCGAACCGCUGUACCGCUGUACUGCUGUACCGCUUCACCUGUCCGCCGAUCGCGUCAGCGGUCCGGUCCACAAAUCAGGCGUCCCAUUGAGAAGAUGUCGCAGCAACAUGAGGCAACAGCGGCCGGCGCCGAGAAGCCGCUGAAUAACGGCUACCUGCAGGCGAAUGCGCCGCUGGAGGAGCUGAGUGCCACGGUGGUGUCGCCACUCCUGGGGCAGCAACAUCAGACGCAGCAGCAGCAGCAACAGCAGCAGCAACAAAACAAGCUGCCCACUGUCGUUUUCCUGGCGCCCGACGGCAGUGGGGGCGUAGGAAUCCAGCGAGGGAAUCCAGCGCAGGUCAAUCCCGGUGGGGUGGUGGGCACCGGGAGCCACAGCGACUGGCUGCUCAAGGAGUCGCAGCAGCGGCGUCGCCUCUUCGUCCUGGCCAUCGCCUUCACUGUUCUGGGAGCGGCCAUUGGUGCACUGGCCAUCUAUUUUGCCAGCGUCCAUCAGCGGUGCCACCUGUACCGCCUGGAGCCAGACAACGAUGACAGACCGAAUGGCAGGUGGAACCAGGAUUCGGCAUACGCCCACGAGGGGCAGGAUAACAUUUGCAUGAGCCAGGAGUGCGUGAGAACAGCGGCCUCCCUGCUCUCGGCCAUGGACCUCAACUCCGAUCCCUGCGAUGACUUUUUCCAGUACGCGUGCGGCACGUGGAACAAGAUGCAUCCCAUUCCCGAGGACCGCAGCUCCAUCAGCACAUUUGAGGUCCUGUCCGAUCAGCAGCAGGUUAUCCUGCGCGCAGUUCUGGAGGAGCCCGUAGAUGAACGCGACAACAAGGCCACCAUAAAGGCGAAAACCUUCUUCAAGAGCUGCAUGGAUAUUCCUCAAAUCCGCAAAAUCGGAACGGGACGACUCAAGCAGGUGCUGCAAUCCCUGGGCGGCUGGCCGGUCAUCGAGCGGGACUGGAGUCCGCCGGCGGAUCUCUCCGUGGAGCGGCUGAUGGGCCAGCUGCGGCUGAACUACAGCGAGCCGGUGAUGAUCGAGCUGUAUGUGGGCGCCGACGACAAGAACAGCUCGGUGAACAUCCUGCAGAUGGACCAACUGCAGUAUGCGCUGCCCUCGAGGGAUUACUACCUGAAGGAGAGCAGUGCCAACGACCGGAGGGCCUACCACCGGUACAUGACGCAGGUGGCGCUGCUCCUGGGUGCGGAUCCGGCCACCGCCGCUGCCGAACUGGAGAAGGUGGUGCUCUUUGAGACGCAGCUGGUGAAUGUUUCUCUGCCGGAGGCGGAUCGCCAUGACACGAGCCUGGUCUAUCGCAAGAUGCUGCUGCCGGAGCUGCAGGAACUGGUGCCCGAAGUGCAGUGGCAGGAGUAUCUGCAGGCUGCCCUGGGUCCACAGAUUCCAUUGCAGGAGAACGAGCCGCUGGUCACCUAUGGCCUGCACUAUCUAACCGAAAUGGGCAAGAUACUGGCGCACACCGAUCGCCGGGUGGUGCACAACUACAUGCUGUGGCGCCUGGUCAUGUCCUUGAUGUCGCACAUGAUCGAUGAGUAUCAGCGGGAGCGGGUGGAGUUCCGCAAGAUCCUGAUGGGCAUCCAGUCGGAGAGGACACGUUGGUCGCAGUGCGUCGAGUGGACGAACAAGAAAUUGGGCGUCGCCGUGGGCGCUCUCUUCAUUCGGGACAACUUCAACCAGGAGAGCAAGGAGGUGGCCCUCGAGAUGAUCCACACCAUACGAGCGGCCUUCAACGAACUGCUGGCCGAGAACGAUUGGAUGGACGACGAGACGCGGGCGGUGGCCAAAGAGAAGGCCGACUCCAUGAACGAGCGUAUCGGCUAUCCGGAGCUGCUGACCAAUGCCACCGAGCUGGAGCAGGAGUACGUGAAUCUAACCAUUGUCCCCGACAACUUCAUCAACAAUGUACUUAGCAUUCUGCAAUGGGAGUCGGAGAAGAUGCUGCGGCUUCUUCGCCAGCCGGUGGACAAGGAAAAAUGGACCACCGAACCGGCGGUGGUCAAUGCCUUCUACAAUCCGAAUAAAAACGAUAUAGUAUUUCCUGCUGGCAUCCUGCAGCCGCUGUUCUACAGCCAGCACUUUCCCAAGUCCCUGAAUUACGGCGGCAUCGGAGUGGUCAUUGGCCACGAGAUUACCCACGGAUUCGACGACAAGGGACGGCAGUUCGACAAGGAGGGCAACAUGAUGCAGUGGUGGAACAAUGCCACCAUCGAGGCCUUUCGCGAACGGACGCAGUGCGUCAUCGAUCAGUACUCGCGCUACAAGAUCAAUGAGGUGGACAUGUUCAUGGACGGCCGGAUGACGCAGGGCGAGAAUAUCGCCGACAACGGCGGUCUUAAGCAGGCUUUCCGGGCCUACAAGAAAUGGGAGACCUUGCAUGGGCGGGAGCAGCAGCUGCCCGGCUUAAACAUGACCCACGAUCAGUUGUUCUUUCUCAACUAUGCCCAAAUCUGGUGCGGAUCCAUGCGGCCGGAAGAUGCGCUGACCAAGAUCCGCUCAGCGGUCCACUCGCCAGGAUUCGUACGUGUCCUGGGGCCACUUUCGAAUUCGCGCGACUUUGCCAGCGCCUACAAAUGCCCACUGGGCAGCACCAUGAAUCCGGCGGAAAAGUGCAGCGUGUGGUAGUAGUCCGCCGUGGCCGUCGAUGUAUUUUUUUUUAUAUAUUUAUAUCGCAUACUAUAUAGUAUAUACAUAUCGAUAUACACCAUACGAGUACUGUAGAUCACCUGCGGCAACAGCAAACCAACAGCAACAGCAAUGAAAACCAAUUACCAGGGCGAUGAGAUUGAGGAUCAGCUGCUGAUCUGUGCUGCUCCAAUUUUUUGUGUAGUCUCCCCAGAUUUGUUUUUUGUCUUGUUUUCUGUUCGUUAUGGCGCUGCAAUGCAUAUGUACUUUAUACCUGGCUAUAUAGAAUUAUAAAGUGUUUGUAGCUGUACACGAGUACACGAGUGCGCUAUCCGUGAGUAGCCCACAAAAAGCACCGAAUCCGCACUUUCACACACACCUCCUUACCGGCAUUAUAUUCGUGAAUAAAGAACCAGUACGGAAACCCAUAA